UGUAACGGAGGCAGAACAAUUGUUUUGGUCACUGUUGUUUUUUAUUUUUUAUUUUGUAAUCUGUAUUAACAAUAGAUUUUUUUUUUUUAGUAUUGCAGUAAAUAGGAAAGUAUUGGCAAAAUGUCAUUUAACUCGUUUAAUCCCAUUUUUUUCCAGACAUGAAAAUAUCACAAUAAUGUAACAUUAAUAACCCUUUGAAAUAAUCAAUAAUUAUUAAUGGUCGGUCACAGUAGUGACCGGUGGGGAAAUGGGUGUACUGAAUGAACACCUUUCUUCAGUCAUAGACAGAUAUCUCAGACCAGCUAUUUGAUCACAUUCAUUAAAAGCUCUUAUACAAUAUUGACAGGAAUAGUGAGAUAAAAUACAACCAACAACAUAUAUCAGAAUGGUUUUUGUAACAUGUAUCAUCAAGUAUUCAUAUAGUGCUACCAGCAUCACAACAUCAAUAGUGUAAUUUAUUUGCAGUGGCGGCUCCAGACAAUUGUGAUUGGGGGGGCAAUGGGGGAUCCUGGUCAUUUCAAAGGGGGUCUCAUGAAAACCAACAAAAAAUAAAGUGGACACGGCUAAUAACUGCAUAUUACUGCUUCUAAACAACAAAAACAACACAGCAUAUCAACUACUUUGUUUUUAAUUAAUUAAUCAUUUGCAGUUUACAAACAAUAUGCCCAAACUUUAAAGGGUUGGCGUUUUAAACGGUUCAUGUCUCCAAUAUGCAUUAAUCCACAAAUGACUUAAGCAGAUAACUUUUUAACCGUGGCUGACUCCCUCUGAACAGGGCCGUGCAGAGACCUUUGGAGGGGCAGGUGCUCAAAGUAUAAACGGGGCACAGAUGCUAGUGGCUGUAACCAUUUACCCUCCUUGUUAGUGCGUCCGCCUCCCAUGCCGGAGACCCGGGUUCGAGCCCCGCGAGGAGCGUCAGAGAGGACCCGGAAAUUCAGCUGGAAUAUUCCAAUCCAUUUACAAGUGAAGACGAGCAUCAAAGCUUCAGGAAUAAAUCUGUAAAGACUGAGUUUAUUAAAGAGGAAAGAGAGGAGAUGGAAGAUCCAGAACCCUGCAGAAUCAAACACACUGAAGAUACUGAAGAGCUAACAGAGUUGAUUGAAGAAAAUGAGCAAAAUGAAGAUUUGAGUGAAGUUGAAGAGAAAAAUAACUUUAAAAAUGGAGAAAAAACUAUUUUUUUAAAGAAAACAAGAGCCAAGAGAUAUUUCACCUGCACUCAGUGUGGAAAGAGAUUGACAUCGAAAUAUAAUCUUAAUGUUCACAUGAGAAUUCAUACAGAAGAGAAACCAUUCACUUGUGACCAGUGUGGAAAGCGUUUCAAACACUUAGCAAACCUUAAGGAUCACUUGAACAUCCACACUAGAGAGAAGCUGUACACAUGUGAUCAAUGUGGAAAAACAUUUUUGUGGGCUUCAGUCCUGAAAACACACCUAAGAGUUCAUACAAAGGAGAAACCACAUUCAUGUCAUUUGUGUGGAAAGAGUUUUUCAUAUCUACACCAUUUUAAAGAACAUCAGAAAAUACAUACUGGUGUGAGAGAUUACAUGUGCUUUGAGUGUGAGAAGACUUUUACUUCAGCGGGCGGUUUAAAACAUCACCAGAGGAUGCACACUGGAGAGAAACCUUACAAGUGUUCACACUGUGGCAAGAGAUUCAGUCGGACAGGACACCUGAAAAUACAUGAGAGGAUUCACACUGGAGAGAAACCUUACAAGUGUUCACACUGUGACAAGAGAUUCAAUGAUUCAGGAGACUUAAAAACACAUGAGAGGAUUCACACUGGAGUGAAACCUUACACAUGUUCACACUGUGACAAGAUAUUCAAUAAUUCAGGAGACUUAAAAACACAUGAGAGAAUUCAUACUGGAGAGAAACCAUACAAGUGUUCACACUGUGACAAGAGAUUCAGUAUGUCAUCAAAUCUGAAAACACAUGAGAGGAUCCACACUGGAGAGAAACCUCACAAGUGUUCACACUGUGACAAGACAUUCAAUCAGUCAGCAAAUCUGAAAACACAUGAGAGGAUUCACACUGGAGAGAAACCUUACAAGUGUUCACACUGUGACAAGAGAUUCAGUAUGUCAUCAAAUCUGAAAACACAUGAGAGGAUCCACACUGGAGAGAAACCUCACAAGUGUUCACACUGUGAUAUGAGAUUCAGUCAGUCAGGACAUCUAAAAACACAUGAGAGGAUUCACACCGGAGAGAAACCAUAUCACUGCACUGCACAUGGGAAGGGUUUUAAUCAAUCUUCUUCUCUACACAGUCAUACAAAAACAUUCACAGUAAGUAGAACAUCUUUAGAUCCAGCACUUUCAGAUCUGAUUCACGUCAUCACCAAAUGAGACAAUAAUGCAUCAAGCAGUAAAAUAUCUGGAUAAAUCUGUCAUUAAAAGUGACAUGACAAAGAAGCAUUAUCUAUGUCACGAUCAUUAGCUGGAGAACUCAUAAACUCCAAUAGAGGACACUCCACUCAGGACUGAGGCAUUUUGGUUUCCAUCCCCUUUUUCGAACUCCAUUUCCCAUCCUGCCUUAUUCCUGGGACUGAUUGCACACACACACACAUAUAAUCAGAACAAUCACACUCAGUCUUGGCAAAGUCUUGUUUAGCCUUUUCUAGCAUUAUCGAGCGCUUUACCUGUGUUUGUUCUUCCCAUGUCUGAUUUUGGAUUGUGUAUACUGCCUUGGAUUCUCUGCCGCCUUCCUCGAACUCUUGCUUGUUAACGUUUCUGUAUUUGGAUAUAUCCCUGAAAUACUUGAUGCUGUUCUCCAUUCUCUGCCUGUAUAACCAUUCUCUUAUAAAAUACACUGCAUAUGGUUCA